CAUGGCGUGGUACUCUCUUCUCCCGGAGUCCAUGAAUACAUUGGAGACAUGGCUCAUCAGAUUCUUUAUCCUUCUCGGCAUUUUAACAAUCGGACCAUGGGCGGGACUCGUCAUAUUCGACAUUGUGUUUUACAUUGCUCGCGUGAUCGCAUACGAAUUCCCUCUCAUCGGCGGACGAGCGAACGGUGAGCGCAAGCCACGCGCCCCGACAUUGACUGAACGACCGAGUGGGCGACGGCGAGCUUUUAGUCUUCGAGGCGAGGCAGUGGGUGGUGAAGGAAGUCAAUCGACUACAUUAGAGAAAGAAAUGAUGAGGAGGCUUGUACAUACCGAGAAAGAUAAGACCUAGGCGGGUAUUGUCGUCCUGUCGUAUAGCUGUUGAUUAUUUGGUAUUUGGAUUAUUUGUUGGAAUAUACCGGUUUCAUCACUUGGAAUAUCAUGCUUUUCCUAUUAUUCGAUCAGGUCAACAAGAUGACUCAGGGCAUAGUCAUCAAUUGAGGCAUUUGACCCAGUUAUUCCACUAAGAGACUACUUAAUUUACCACAGAGAAGAUCUGGCUUACUAACAAUACAACCCCUCCGU